GCACACUGAUCAAAGCCUAUCUCCCAACCCCGGACAACGUUUACUGCAUCAUGGAGGCCUCGCCGUCUCGCAGCGACAGCUUCUCCCGCUCCUGGCUCGCCUGCAAGGCGCCGCCGCCGUCGUCCUUCGAGCAUGUCGACGCCGACGCCGAUGCUGGCCUCGGGUGUUCGUUCAACAGCUCCACGUCCUUCAUCGACAUGGACCCGGCGGACCUCUUCUCGAUGCGGUGGACGUCCGCCCCCAUGCCGGCGGCAGAGCAGGAGGAGGAGGCGGCAGAGUUCGACUUCGGCCAGCUGGCACGAGCCGGCGCAGCGCAGUGCUCCUCCCCGCUGCUUGUCGGCGCCGGACUACCCCUCACCUCGUUCGAGCCGAGAAAUAGCAUCGCGUCGUACGCCGACGCCGCCUUCUACUCCGCGCAGAGCACGCCGGCCUCCGCGGUCAGCAGCUCGCGGCGCGCGGGCGGCGCCAAGGCGCCGCUGCGGAUACUGCUCCGGUACAUGCGGCUCCUUGCGCCGCUGUGCCGGAAGGUGAGAGCGCUUCCGGCGCGGGCGCUGGCGCCGCGGUCGACGACGCCCAGGGCUGCCGCCUUCGCCGGGGCGACGACGGCGUCCCCGGCGCGGCAGUCCACGUCCAGCUACGCCAGCGCCGCCGAGUACUGGUGCCAGGGCCACGCCGAAACCGCCGUGCGGGACGCCAUCCUCUAUUGCAAGAAAUCGGUCCAAGGACAGGACGCGUGAGCGCGCGAGUACUGGAGAGCAAGAAAGAUACAGUGCCCGUCGCUCCCCUCUCGAUCGGUUGCUGCUCCUUCUGAAUUUUGAUUUCUCGCGUGUGUAGAUUCUUUACGCAUACGGUACCACCAGUGUGUGUAUAAGCUUUGCUCCAAGGUGCUUUGACCUUGUGAAGCAUUAAUCCGAACAAGUUAGCAUUGUGAUCGAAGCUAUAUUGUUACUGUCAUAUACACCUCAUUCAAUUCAGGCCGUGGCAAAGAUUGUUGCAAA